AUGGCGUAUUAUUCUGAUGAAGUAGGGUUCCUUGAACUUUUCAAGAGAGUGCAAGUUUGCCAACAGCGGAGAAAUUUUCCUUCUAUAAAUUUUAAACCUUUGCAAAUGAAAUGCCUGGAGUAUUUGCUUAAAGGAUGUGAUGUUAUUGGCGUACUCCCGACAGGUUUUGGGAAAUCUAUGCUUUUCCAUCUGCUGCCAGAUCUAAUUCCCGUAAAAUCACGAAAAAAUAUAGUAAUUGUGAUUUGUCCUCUAAACUCUAUUGUGGAAGACCAGCUGAGGGUGCUGAGUGCAAUAAAUAUUUCCGCUGGGGUCAUACAAUUUGCCAUUAACGAGCGGAAACCGGCUGAAGACUUGUUCACGGAAGGUAGUGAAAAUCGCAAAAUUCACUUGAAGGAAACGCUGAUGGAUAUAGAACAAGAAAUAGUAAAUGGCAAUACUUCCAUUGUAUUUGCACACCCGGAAGCCCUGUUGAAAUCUAAAGGAAGGGAACUGAUGGGAAGUAAAGUGUUUCAAGAGAACGUUGUUGGUUGUGUAAUAGAUGAGGCUCAUUGUGUCGAGUUAUGGGGGAAAGAGUUGAGAGAAGAUUUUGGUGAACUGUCUAUUUUAAAAGCAUUUUUCCCUAAUGUUCCAACCCUGGCUUUAACAGCUACAGCCCCACCUCAUUUAUUAAAUGAUUUAAAACACAAACCCCAAUUGAAAAAAGACUGCAAGAUUGUUACAGUAAACCCAAACAGAGAGAACAUAUAUCUUGGAAAGAAAGUACGUUCAAGUGAUCACAAAAAGUUUGAAAGUUAUAAUGAAAUUCUGGGACCUGUUGCAAAGGAACUAUUGAUUAAAAAAGAAAACUACCCAAUGACAAUUAUCUAUAUGAAACUGAAAUACUGUGCACAUGCCUACGAUUGUUUGAAAGAAUUCUGCAAGAUGAAACAGUAUGUUAAUGGAUGUGAAGAACCUAUGGCAAGACUUUUUGCCCAGUUUCAUUCUCCCCAAACAAGUCGAAUGAAAAGGGAAUUAAUUGAAGAAAUAAGAAAAAGGACUCAAGGGUCAGGGUACUGUUUGCAACAUCAGCACUUGGUAUGGGUGUUGAUGCCCCAUAUGUUGCUCAAGUGA